CUCAAUUUAGUUCAUAUUGCUUGCUCCGAGGUCACCUUAUCCGAUCUCAGCCUUACGGCGGAGCCUGAGAACAGAUGUUCUGGUACCGAGGUCUACGUCUUUCUUAUACUUUGUGUUCAAACGCGUAGGCUUGCCGACUAUCAUCGCCUGUUAUCCAUGGCGCUGUCACUUGCUUCAGCCUACUUCAUUGCUUUGGGGCUUGAAAUUCUUCUAAACGGUACAGUUAAAGCCUUUCGCAACUUGGUACAGCUAAUCACCGAUAUAAUAGGAAUAAUGAAGAAGAAAAAAACGAACGUCAUCAUAGCCAUGACCGUAUUGAAUUCUAUCAUGUGGGCGUUAGCGACGUCCCAUAUGGCCGUCAGCUUUCGACAGAACUUCCUUGCCUUUUUAAAGCAACAUGCCGCAGAAGGUGGGGAUGUCCUCGAAGACAAUUCCUCCCCGACGAUUUAUUCGCAGCUAUCUUUGGAGUCGAUCAACAUUGUGAUUGGUGACAGUAUCGUGAUAUGGAGAGCCUGGACUUUAUGGAGUCGAAAGACCUGGGUGAUAACGGCUGCUGUGGGAAUUGUCCGGGCAUUUGCGACCGCUCCGCCGAGGACCAGUCUCUUCAAUAACCCCAGUCUAAGUUCCUGGGCUAUCGCCUUCAUCGCUUCUACGCUGGUUACGAACGUCUGGGCCACUUCUCUCGUAGCUUAUCGUACUUGGUCACAUAACAAGAUAAUACGUGAAAUUACAGGAGAGGGCCUCAUGGAUAGAUUUCGCAGGCAGAACGGUGUCAUGGCCUUACUUAUCGAGUCAGGUGUUUUUUAUUCUACCACCUGGGUACUUUUCAUUGCAAUCAUCGCCUUUAUCUGUGGGAACAAUGGGGUCUACAUCGUCGUAGAUAUGCUUUCUCAGCUCACGGCCAUCUACCCCACUCUGAUUAUCACCCUCGUUUGCCUACAAUCUACCCUUGAGGUCGCUAUAUCGACAUUCGACCAGACAACACAGACCAAUCCAGAAUGGGCCGAAAGAAGUGCCUUCCGACGCAGGAGACGUAACGGACCAAGCAUAGUCACGGGCACAUCAAUGGCCUAUCCGAUGCAACCUAUGAAAAUUAGAAUGCAAACCACGACUCACACAUCUACUAGUGGGCAACAAGACUUCGGAAGUACAGCUGAGGAACUCGCGGUUGAUGGGAAACCUCUCAGUAUUUCUGGUGACACCGGUGGGGAUGAUGGUGAUAAGAACAUGUCGCAUGUUGUCUAAACACAUAAUUUG